AUGUCUCUUAUCACCGUCUUUGGUGCCACUGGCGCCCAGGGAGGCUCCGUCGUCAGGCAACUCCUCAAGGACAACAGGUGGAAAGUUCGAGGAGUCACUCGUGAUGUGAAUUCGGAGAAAUCUAAGGAGUUGGCAUCUAAAGGUGUCGAAGUUGUGGCUGCAGAUCUCUUUGACGUGAAAAGUCUCGAGAGAGCCGUUGAAGGCGCCUACGGAAUCUUCCUUGUGACUCUCUACUGGGAAUUCAUUCCAGGUCACGGCUUGGACGGCGCCGGUGAGCAAGAGGUGAUUCAAUUCAAAAACCUGGCUGUUGCAGCUUCAAAGUCCAAAACUCUGGAGCAUCUCGUUCUCAGCACUCUACCGCCCGCGGACAAGAGCUCGGGUGGAAAGUUCAAAGUGCCGCACUCUGAUUACAAGGAGAAAGGCGUGGAGUGGAUCAGAAAGAACACUCCCGAACUUUGGGCAAAGUCGUCCGAGUACUGGGCAGGCUUUUACACAUCAAACCUGUGGACCCUUCCUUUCACUAAGCCACCUGGCUCUGGAGCCUACCUACUCCUUCUCCCCUCCAAACCAUCGGCAACAGUCUCCCUUGCGGGUGACCUGGAGACCAACACUGGCAUCAUCGUUGAAGCUCUUCUCAAGCUUGGUCCCAAAGCAUUUGACCGCAUCGCCAUGGGUACCACCGACCUAAAGCCCAUUCGGGAUCUCGCUGUCUAUUAUGAGAAGGUCACGGGCAAGCCAACUAAGUAUGUUGAGGUCUCUGAUGAAGCAUUUGAAGCGCUCUACGGACCCUACGGGAAGGAAUUAGCGGCUCAGCUCCGCUGGAGCGAGUCCGUGACUGACUGGGAGAACCUAGACCCUGGAAGGGUCAUAAGCCAUCAGGAGCUCGGAGUUAACGGCAAGCUCAUUGGCUUUGAGGAGGCUCUUGUCGCGGCUAAGGACAAGUUGGAAUGA